CUAGCAGCAGUCAUAAGAACCUGACAGCAGAGACCUUCAAUCCUCCUCUUGCAUCUUCGUGGCCGCUUCUCUGUUCCAACAAGAUGAAGUUCAACAUUGCGAACCCAACCACUGGUUGUCAGAAGAAGCUUGAGAUCGAUGAUGAUCAGAAACUCCGAGCUUUCUAUGACAAAAGAAUCUCCCAGGAGGUCAGUGGAGAUGCUCUCGGUGAGGAAUUCAAGGGCUAUAUUUUCAAGAUUAAGGGAGGUUGUGACAAGCAAGGGUUUCCUAUGAAGCAGGGAGUUUUGACUCCAGGCCGUGUUAGCCUAUUGUUACAUCGAGGUACCCCUUGCUUUCGGGGAUAUGGAAGGAGGAAUGGAGAACGAAGAAGAAAGUCAGUUAGAGGAUGCAUUGUGAGCCAAGAUCUCUCUGUUUUGAACUUGGUAAUAGUGAAGAAGGGUGAGAAUGAUCUCCCUGGACUUACUGAUGUUGAGAAACCAAGAAUGAGAGGUCCAAAGAGAGCAUCAAAGAUCAGGAAGCUCUUUAACCUUUCCAAGGAUGAUGAUGUCAGGAAAUACGUUAACACCUAUCGUCGCACUUUCACUAACAAAGCUGGAAAGAAAGUGAGCAAAGCUCCUAAGAUUCAGAGGCUGGUAACUCCAUUGACACUUCAAAGGAAGCGAGGUAGAAUUGCUGAGAAGAAGAAGAGGGUAGCUAAAGCUAAGUCAGAGGCAGCUGAUUACCAAAAGCUUUUAGCCUCAAGGCUGAAGGAGCAAAGGGAGAAGAGAAGUGAAAGCAUGGCAAAGAAAAGGUCCAGACUUUCUGCUGCAUCUAAGCCAUCUGUCAUUGCUUAAAUAGCUUUUACUUUUGCAUUUGCGAACUCAAGUACUAUGUUUUUCUAUUGCCUAUUACUUAUUUGUCAAAAAUUUAGUAAUUUUGGAUCUGGUUUAGAUUGUUUGGAUCUGGUUUAACUUCUUAUGUGAGCAAUUUUGGUAUUUGAA